AUGUGUGGAGGGUGGAGGCACAGAAGUCACUGGCUGCUCUCUUGCAUAGACUUCCCGUCUGGGAGUUGCCACUUUUUCUUCUCUGGGUCUGGAUCCUUAUCAUUCUGAUGAAGAGCCUCAACACAGAAGCCUGGACCACGGUCAUUUCUCCUGCGGCUGACUUUAACUGCAACUAGGUUUUUGAGGUGACAAAUGGAGGACCAAAACCCCACAGGCCCCCCAAUAGGGAAAAAGUCAGAAGAAACAGGUGAUGGCCCUCAUGACGUUCAGGGGACUUCACUCUGCAAUGAUCCUGAAGCACUCUUGGCUACUUCUAAGCAAGACCCCAGAGCCAAGCCAUCAACAAAACAGAGGGUUUUGAGGUACGUUACUAGGCUUCUCGGAACAGAGAGAAGAUAUAGAUGCUCAGUGUGUGACAAAACCUUCAGGAGGUGCCCACAGCUUACUAGACAUCUAAGAACCCACACAAGAGAGACACUCUAUAGGUGUUCUGUGUGUGGAAAGGCCUUCAGGCGGCACCUAAAGCUUACUAUACACCAAAGAACUCAUAAAGGAGUGGAACCAUAUAAAUGCUUGGAGUGUGGAAAGAGAUUUCCUUAUAUCGAAAACCUUAUUGCCCAUUCAGGAACCCACACAAGGGAGAAGCCAUAUUCAUGUGCACAGUGUGGAAAAGGUUUUGCGUAUAAAAUGCAUCUUACUAGACAUCAAAGAACCCACACAGGGGAGAAGCCAUAUUCAUGCGCACAGUGUGGAAAAAGCUUUGCUCUGAAACAUCAUCUUACUGGACAUCAAAGAACCCACACAGGGGAGAAACCAUAUUCAUGCUCACUCUGUGGAAAAAGCUUUGCUCAGAUAAAUAAUCUUACUGUACAUCAAAGAACCCACACAGGGGAGAAACCAUAUUCAUGCUCACACUGUGGAAAAAGCUUUGGUUAUAAAAUUGAUCUUACUAGACAUGAAAGAAUUCACACAGGAGAAAAGCCCUACACAUGCUCACACUGUGGGAAAAGCUUUGCUCAGAAACAACAUCUUACUGGACAUCAAAAGACCCAUGAAAUGAAGAAACCUUAGAAAUGCUUGGAGGGUGGAGAGAGUUUCUGUCAUUAAUCAAUCCACCAUGCACAUAAAAUUAACCUUAGAAGAGAGAGCUUUUUACAAACACUUUUAUUCUGGCAGGAGCCUUGAUGAUGAGGGCUCCUUAAUGAACAGGAUACAAUACACACAGAAGAGGAAACUUAACUAUUUGGAGUGUGGAAAGAGCUUCAGUCACAACACAUACUGCUUUUUGCUUCAAGAAAUCCACACAGGCAAAAUUGCAACCUGUUUGUCCCAAUGUAAUUAUGUCCUUUGAGUGUUCUUCAUUUCUGAGCCUUGUGAUCCAGCAUUUUUAAGUGGCAUCUCAAUGAGGAACUCCCUGGUGGUUUUAAUCAUGUCUUUAAUUGUGCUGGGCUCAAUGUUUUUAAGUGCUUUGAUUAAGAAGGGGGAGAAAUGUGAUCUGAAGCUUUUCCCAUUGAUGGAGUAAUUGCAGCGAUCAUCUUCUGAGGCAUCCGAUUAUUCAGCUGCAGUGGAACAGAAAUGUUAGCUGCUUUUUAGAGGUUUUAAAAAACAAGCCAGCAGUAUUGUCAUGUAUUUUCUGUGCUUACUAAUAAAUUUGGAUUAUUUUUCUUGG